CUCCACGCUGGAGAGAGCACAGUACACACAGCUCGCCAGGGAGGGAGUAAAGCGAGAGCGCAGAGUACACACAGCUCGCCAGAGGAGAGAGAGCGAAGGCAGAGCGCUGUAGAAAUCCCAAACCCCCCCAAAAAGUUUGGACUUCAUUGCUUUUCCUCUGCCGACACUUCUGGAUCACGUAACGGAGGCAGUGAAAAGAGGUUUAUGCUCUAAGCAAAGGUAGUGGUGGACGUGUCUAUAAGUUUACGCAACACUUUUCCUGCCGGGACGGGGGAUAUAAGAACGUGUCUCUGAAGUUGGAAACUGCCUGCAAUUCGUAGGCUUUCAAGCAAGACAGUUUCAGUCUUUUUUGAAUCAGACAUCAGCUGAAAGAAGGCCAAGGUGGAUCGCUCGGAAUUGUGUGUGAAACGACUAUUGGUCUAAAGUUUUGGUUUCUCUUCUAUGUCUACCAAGAUGGAAACUACUUUGUACGAUGACUCUCUGAACGGCGCGUUCACACAGCAUGACAGUGCUGCUUUUGGAUACAACCCCAAAGCUCUGAAACACAACAUGACUCUGAACCUGACAGAUCCAACCGGCACCCUGAAGCCGCACCUGCGGGCAAAAGCGAACGACAUCCUCACCUCGCCAGAUGUCGGACUGCUCAAACUGGCUUCGCCGGAGUUGGAGAGGCUAAUUAUCCAAUCCAGCAACGGUCUCAUCACGACAACACCGACCCCAACUCAGUUUCUGUGCCCGAAGAACGUCACAGACGAGCAAGAGGGCUUCGCGGAGGGCUUCGUGAGAGCACUGGCGGAGCUGCACCACCAACAUAUGCCCAACCCGCCAAGCGUCACUUCAACUCCUCAAACUACUAUUAACAACUCGAUGGCAACCGUCUCGUCUCUGGCAGGUGGUGCGGUGUACAGUUCAGCCUUGCGUUCGGAUCCACCGGUGUACGCGGACCUGAACACCUUUAACCCGGCGAUCAGCACUGCACCCCCGGCUACGCCGAGCUUUAGCACCGCCAACCCGGCGAUGAGCUUCACAACUGCCCCGCCGCAGCACACGAUGAACACGCAACUCCCGGUCCAGCACCCUAGACUACAGGCACUGAAAGAGGAGCCUCAGACGGUGCCAGAGAUGCCAGGUGAGACUCCUCCGCUUUCACCGAUCGAUAUGGAGAGUCAGGAGCGGAUCAAAGCCGAAAGAAAACGCAUGAGGAACCGGAUCGCCGCUUCGAAGUGCCGGAAAAGGAAACUAGAGAGGAUUUCCCGGCUGGAAGAAAAAGUCAAGACGCUGAAAUCCCAGAACUCGGAGCUGGCGUCCACCGCAAAUAUGCUCCGCGAGCAAGUCGCUCAGCUUAAACAGAAAGUUAUGAAUCAUGUCAACAGCGGGUGCCAGCUUAUGUUGACACAACAGUUGCAGACGUUCUGAAAAGAACGGCAUUACAUGGAGCUAAGUGAACUAGACUGAAGGGACACACUUGGAGAGCUGUACACUAGCCGGGGUGGGAGGCCGGGAAAAGCGUCUCUAAUGGCAGUAGUCCACCGGGUCCGGGAUUGUGGCCUUGUGCCUUGCGCUGUGGCGCGUAAAGGAUGUCCAGACUGGAGUAGAGAUUCCACGACCUGGGUCCACCGGUGACAACUAAGACCGCACCAGACAGCAUGAAAGACUCAAUCUGUUACAUGUUGUUUUUUUUCUAAUGACAAAAGAGACUUCUUGUUCAAUUUGACCAAGUUGCGCAUGGACCUAACCCUAAAGGAGCACCCAGUAUUAAAAGAGAAAGAGAACUGUAAUAGGAACAUUGACGCGCGUGAAGCAGGAAGUUGCGUCCUCUAUAAAGUUUUAAAAACUUUUGUUAAAACCUGCCUGGCUUCUAAAUUGCAGUAUACUUUCUGUUCUUAAACUGAAUUGAAUUGACGUUAUUUGAUUUAGUCAAGCUUCAACAGUUUCUUUUUCUAAAGUUUCUUAAUGAGGUUUCACUCAUUGUUAUUUGUAAAUAAGAUCAACGGGGAGUACUUAAGUUUACCAUUUGUAAUAAAAGUACUACAUUUUUUUUAAAGUUGGUUUUCUGAGCUGAUCAGAAACUAAUCGAUAUUUAUGAACUGUAAUAAAGUAUGUAAAACAAAACAGU